AUGGGCUCCGUCGAUAUUCCGUCAAAGCAGUCGGCUGCUGUCCGUGAAGGAACUGGCGAGUCUGCCAAGGCACCAGUCAAACAAAUUGAUGUGCGCAUGCCUGGUGCUGGUGAGAUCCUGAUCAAGGUCAACUGGACUGGAUUGUGCGCUAGUGACAAAUCGCUCAUUCACGAUGAAUGGAAAGACUUCGGCGUUGCCAUGCAGGAUGCCACAAAAGGUAUUGCUGGCCAUGAAGGAGCAGGUGUAGUCGUCGCAGUAGGUGAGGGAGCUGAGAGUCGAUGGAAGGUCCGUAGCACGGGCACAGACGAGGUACACUGCACAGCUCAAAAGAACUCAGGGUUUUCUGCCGAAGGCACUUUCCAGGAGUACCUUGUCGCCGACGCAAGGUACUCAAGCAAGAUACCCGAUGGUGUUAAGGACGAGGAGGCGGGACCAAUUAUGUGCGGUGGUGUGACAGCAUAUGUGGCGUGUAAGCGCUCAAGUGUAAAGCCUGGACAAUGGAUCGUGCUUCCGGGCGCCGGCGGCGGGUUAGGCCAUUUCGCGGUGCAAUACGCUCGUGCCAUGGGUAUGAGAGUGAUCGCUAUCGACGGAGGGGAUGCAAAACGCGAUCUUUGCAAGAAGCUCGGUGCUGAAGUCUUCAUUGACUACACAGCCACGAGCGACAUUGCUGCUGAGGUGAUGAAAGUCACUGGUGCUGGCGCUCAUGGUGUCUUGGUGACUGCAGCAACAAAACAGGCUUAUGAUAUGGCUCCUGGUUUAUUGCGUCCUAACGGCACGGUCGUUGUAGUAGGGUUGCCGAAGGACCCGUCCGUUGUCGCUGGCGCUCCACCGAUCAUGAUGGCUCUCAGGAGGCUCAAUUUUGUAGGCUCAGUUGUAGGAUCCUUGAAGGAUGUGGAGGAAGCUCUAGACUUCACCGCAAGAGGUCUUGUCCAUCCUAUCCUUUCUAAAGGCAAAUUGACCGAACUUGACGACUUUAUGGAGAAGAUGUCGAAAGGGCAACUUCCUGGCCGUGCUGUAUUGCAAGUUGCUGCAUAG